AUGGCGCCCCCGUCAAUUGUUGUUGACGAACGGGCGACCGAGUCGACUGAUGCAAUCAUCCAAAAGGAAGUGAAGAGAAAAUGGACAAGCUACAUCUGGGACACAUUCGACAAGUCUCCGGAAGAGCGACGGCUUCUUUUCAAGCUAGACACGGCAAUAUUGACUUUCGCCUCGCUGGGAUACUUUAUCAAGAAUCUGGAUCAAAUCAACAUCAACAAUGCCUUUGUGUCUGGGAUGAAAGAAGAUUUAGGUCUUUAUCAGAACCAACUUAACUACAUGCAAACAGCUUGGACUGUCGGAUAUGUCGUGGGUGAAAUACCAUCCAAUAUUAUGCUCACUCGGAUUCCACCACGGUAUUGGAUUCCAGCUGCAGAGGUGAUUUGGUCUGUUCUCACAUUUGCCCUGUCACGAGCAAAUAGCGCUGAGCAAGUCUAUGUUUUGAGGUUUUUCAUUGGUCUUGCCGAAAGCACCUUUUACCCGGGAAUGCAGUACAUUAUUGGAUCCUGGUACCGCAAAGACGAGCUUGCUAAACGGUCUUGCAUAUUUCAUACUAGCAGUGGUAUUGGAAGUAUGUUCUCUGGGUAUCUCAUGGCAUCGGUGUAUCAUCUUGGCGGUAAAGGAGGCUUCAAGGGUUGGCAAUGGCUUUUCAUCGUAGAUGGAAUCAUCUCCCUUCCGGUCGCUAUUGCGGGAUUUUUUGUUCUACCAGAUGUGCCUGAAAUUAGCAACCCGUGGUACCUGAGUGAAAAGGAAAUUUCCCUCGCCCAAAAACGCAUGGAACUGGAGGGCCGCGGGACGCGCCAACCGUUUACAAAAUCCAAAUUUAAGAAGAUAUUCUCAUCAUGGCAUAUAUACUUUCUCACACUCUUAUAUGUGACCUUCAACAACGGAGGUGGUGGAGGUCAGCCACUUUUUGCACAAUGGUUGAAAGCCUCCAAAGAUCCCGUCUACACUGUUGCGCAGAUUAAUGCCUAUCCGACAACAACCUAUGCUGUUCAGGUUUUCACAACACUAGUUUACGCCUGGACCUCUGAUACUAUAUUUAAAGGAAGGCGUUGGCCUCCUAUCCUUUUCGGCGCUUGUUCGAAUUUGCUAUGCUACAUUUCCCUCGCAAUUUGGAAUAUCCCAACAGGUUGGCACUGGUUCUGUUAUAUCUACAUGGGGUCUGGCUACGGUCUAAGCGGUCUAUGCAUGGCUUGGGCACACGAAAUAUGCUCCGAGGACAAUGAGGAACGUGCCUUGGUGAUUGGUAUGAUGAAUGAUAUUGCAUACGUCUUUCAGUCGUGGUUGCCACUCAUUGUAUGGCGACAAGUCGACGCGCCAAACUACCACAAGGGAUUCAUUUCGUCUUCUGUACUAAAACAACAACAGCAGCAACAACAACAACCGGUAGAGCCGCAAGAUACUGAUGACAGUGCGACAAAGAAUUAA